CAACCCCAAUCUCCGGCGACGAACACCAGACGACGGAGAUGGCGUAUACAUACAGAUACAGUCGUCCUCUUCUUCAUCCCGGCACCAUUCUUCACAGACCGAAUACAGUCAGCUCUUGCAGACAAUUUAGAUUUUCGGCAUUUUUCUCCACAAAACUCGUUGGUGAUGAUCCUGUUCUCGUUAGAGACUUUAUACACUCGGCAUUGUAUCAUCCUGAUCAUGGCUAUUUUUCUCAAAGCCCAAGAUCUGUUGGAGUGCUUGACAGGAGCAUUAACUUUCAUAAACUUCAAGGAAGGAAGGAUUACAUGUCGCAUUUGGAAAAAAUUUACAAGCAAAAUGAUGUUUCUUGGUUUACUCCAGUUGAGCUUUUCAAGCCUUGGUAUGCCCACGGGAUUGCUGAAGCAAUUUUGCGAACAACUAAUCUUUCUUUUCCACUAAAGAUUUAUGAAAUCGGAGGUGGAUCAGGAACUUGUGCAAAGGGCAUAAUGGAUUACAUAAUGUUGAAUGCACCCACACGAGUUUACAAUAGCAUGUCAUACACUUCAGUAGAAAUUAGUUCUUCAUUGGCCAAGAAACAGUUGGAGACUGUUGGAGAAGUUAGCAGUCACUUGUCAAAGUUCAGAGUAGAAUGUCGUGAUGCUGCUGAUCCUAGCGGAUGGGGGGAUGCAGAGCAACAACCGUGCUGGGUUAUAAUGCUUGAGGUUCUUGAUAAUCUUCCACAUGACCUUAUUUAUUCGGAAAAUCAAGUUUCACCAUGGAUGGAGGUUUGGGUAGAAAAGCAACAAGACAGGUCUAAAUUGUCGGAGUUAUAUAAGCCAAUGCAAGAUCUCCUGAUCAAAAGUUGUUUGGAUAUCUUGAAUGUGGACAAAGAUUUUAGACCCCAAGGAACUAGGGAUGCUUCACUGCCUAGCAACAUCUGGGCCAAAAUCUUUCCAAAGCCUAGACGAUCUUGGCUACCGACUGGUUGCUUGAAACUUUUACAAACAUUACAUGGAGCCCUGCCAAAGAUGUCGAUGAUUGCUGCUGAUUUCAGCUACCUUCCUGAUGUCAAAGUACCUGGUGAAAGAGCUCCAUUGGUUUCUACCAAGAUAGACGGAAGCAGUUCAGACCAUAGCACAUAUCUGGAUGCCAAGGGUGAUGCUGAUAUAUUUUUCCCAACAGAUUUUUGGCUUUUGGAACGUAUCGACCAUUACAGUUCUGGGUGGUUAAAAUCACGCAUCAAGAAUUUCGACAGGUCAUCCAAACAAGGAAAGAAAAGGCGUACCAUCACGCUUGAUACGUCGGAGUUUAUGGAAGAAUUCGGCCUGCCCACAAAAACAAAGACGAAAGAUGGAUACAACCCUCUUCUCGACGACUUCAUAAAUACCAAAUUUUACCUCAGUGUUCCAACCCACAAUACCAAAUAAACAGCUUCGCUUAAAACUUGAAACAAACAUUCAUACGAACAACAAGAAAUGAGUUUGUAUACUGAAUCAAGGACCGAACAUCUAAAGAGCUAACGAAAUUCUGGCCGUUGAUCGAUGCUUAAACUGGUUGAUCGCUCUUGGCGUUUUGUUCGCUUCGAGUUGGUUUUUUCUUUCUCGGUGGCUUGUUCCAUCAGUAAUAACUGUUGUAUCGUAGCGAUAGGAUGAAUCCUUAUUAUGCAUAAUUGCAUAUUCUUUUGAGCA